UAUUUUAGGAUCAAAUAUUUGAUUGCCCACACCCACAAGAACCCAAAUAGAUUGCAUUUUCGUUUCCCUUCUAAAUCCCAACUCACUUCUCUAAAAUGCUAAUCUUUUUAGCUCCGUCUUCUCCCAAAUGCCUUCUUCCAUCACAAAAACACCACCCCAACAAUCCCAAACCAACUAACUCCCAAACAAAACUCAAAAUCCAAUGUAUGACCAAACAAACAACCGAAUCCUCAACUCCAAUCGAAAAACUCGCCAUAGCUAGUGGACUAAUAUCAACACCAGUUAUUGGAUGGUCACUUUACACACUAAAAACAACAGGCUGUGGACUUCCACCAGGACCUGGUGGUUCAAUUGGUGCACUUGAAGGAGUGAGUUAUUUAGUUGUGUUUGGUAUUGUGGGUUGGUCAUUGUAUACUAAGUCGAAAACCGGGUCAGGUUUGCCUAAUGGACCAUUUGGGUUGUUGGGUGCUGUUGAAGGGUUGUCUUAUUUGUCUUUGUUGGCUAUUUUAGUUGUGUUUGGGUUGCAGUUCUUGGAUCAGGGUUCGAUACCAGGGCCACUUCCUACUGAUGAAUGUUUUGGCUAAGAUCGAGGUGGAUUUAGAAUUUAAAUUUUAUGAGUUUAACUUUUAAGUUUUUUAGCAUUGAAUUCAUCGUAUUUUAAUGUUAUGAGUGCAUAUUGAAUAUCUAUGCAUUAUUUUUGUGAGUUUUUGAACAGACAUGUUUCGUGAUGAAAGUAUUGGAUUCAAAUCA